AUGGUGGGGACCCACAACCUGCUGGCCUAUGUGAAGCACCUGGCGGGCCAGAACCAGGAAGCCCUGGGGAGCCUGCAGGAGGCUGAAGGCUUAAUCCAGCAGGAACGUGGUGCCCAAUCAGAUGUGAGACUUCUGGUCACAUGGGGCAACUACGCCUGGCUGUAUUACCACAUGGGAAGACCCGAAGAAGCCCAGGCUUACCUGGACAAGGUAGAGAACACCUGCAAGGAGUUCGGGGCUCCCUCCCGCUACAGGAUGGAGUGUCCCCAGAUGGACUGUGAGGAGGGAUGGGCCUUGCUGAAAUGUGGAGGAAAGAAUUAUGAACGGGCCAAGGCCUGCUUUGAGAAGGCUCUGGCAGUGGACCCAGAAAACCCUGAAUUUAGCACUGGGUAUGCGAUCACCACCUACCGCCUGGACGUCUUUAACAAAGCAACACAGGUUAGUGAGGCAUUCUGUCUGCAGACCCUGAAAGAGGCCAUCAGGCUAAAUCCAGAAGAUGCAUAUAUUAAGGCUCUCCUUGCCCUGAAGCUUCAGGACAUAGGCCAAGAAGCUGAAGGAGAAAAGCACAUUGAAGAAGCACUGACCAACACGUCCUCGCAGACCUACGUCUUCCGAUACGCGGCCAAGUUUUACCGAAGAAAAGGCUCUCUGGACAAAGCUCUUCAGCUCUUAAAAAUGGCCCUGCAGGCCACCCCCUCCUCUGCCUUCCUGCACCACCAGAUAGGGCUUUGCUACAGGGCACAAAUGAUCGAAAUAAAGAGAGCUGCCAACUGGCAGCCCAGAGGACACAUUAGAGAAAAUGUCCACAGAUUGGUUCACUUGGCUAUAGAUGAAUUUCAAAAGGCUUUGAUGAUAAGGCCCACAUUUGAGUUGGUUUAUGUUGUACUGGCUGACAUGUAUGCAGAAUUAGGCCAACACACAAAGGCUGAGGACACUUUUCAGAAAGUGCUGUGCAUGAAGAACAUCAAUGAUCAUCUACAGCAAAAGAUUCAUUACUGCUACGGCCAUUUCCAAGAAGUUUACAAGAUAUCUGUAGAUAAAGCAAUCACCCAUUAUUUAGAAGGUCUCAAAAUCAAGAGAGCCUCCCACAACAGGGAAAAGAUUCUCACUGCCUUAGAGAAGCUGGCUAAAAGAUGGGUUCAACAAAAUGUACAUAUGGUGGAAAGUUUGAGCAUCCUUGGGUUCAUCCACAAAUUGAAAGGGGAAGUGAGUGAAGCCUUGGAGUGUUAUGAGAAAGCUCUCAGGCUGGCUGCUGACUUCAACACCGUGAUUUGA